GAUCUACCGUAAUCUAGAUCUAGGCGUGGCUGGAAAGGUCUUUAUUAUCCAUGAUAAUGGAUUCUUCAAGAUGUGGCCUGGUAUUGUCAUCUGCUCAAUUUAUAUCAUCAAACUCCAAACAUGUGACGAUUUGCGAGGAGGGCGUAAAGAAAGGAGCACAAAUAUUAAUUAAUUUGAUUAAUAAUUGGAAGCAAUUAAAUCCAAAUGAAGUAGCAGAUACGUUAAAACCACCUGUUGAUACAGACAAAGAAUUGCUAGAAUGGAUUUUUCUUGUGUCUUCAUUAAACUUUUGUUUCUGGUCAGACGAUGAGCUAUUCACAGUUGAAGUUGAAGGCAACACAUACACUGGAUACUUGUCGUUAAUAGCAUCACUGUACAGAGCAGUUAAAAUAAAAGGUGUUAGGAUUUACGAUCCAGCUGUGUAUGGUAAAAUGACACUGGAAGAAUUAAGGGAAAUAUUCUCUUCAUGCAAUAAUACUGAAAUACCAAUGAUUGAAGAAAGACUACAGAAUUUGCAUGAAUGCUCACGUGUACUGAAUGAAAAAUUUGAUGGCAGUGUUGUAAAGUUGGUCAAUUUAGCUGAGAAAAGUGCUCAAAAACUUGUUCACAUUUUAAAAGAUAAUUUUGAAAAUUAUAAUGAUAAAAGUACUUACAAAGGAAAAGAAGUGUUUUUCUUAAAAAGAGCACAGAUAUUUGUGUCCUAUGUGAAGUCUUACUUCAAAGGAAAAGGAUAUGGAGAAUUUCAUGAUAUCAAAACACUAACGAUGUUCCCUGAUUAUCGUGUUCCACAAAUAUUAUUGAAAAUUGGUGCAUUGAGAUAUAGUGCAGAGCUGAGAGCAAAGCUAGAUAGAGGUGAGCAUUUACCAGCUGGCUGUGAAGAGGAAGUAGAGAUUAGAGGUUGCACUGUUCAAGCAAUUGAAUUGAUUCGUCGCUCUUUAUCAUCACCGUCAUUGGUAAUACCAGGAACUGGUAAAAGCCUAUCAAUGGAGGAGAGGCAGUCAAUGCCUUCUUGUACAAUUGAUCAUUUCUUCUGGAAGUAUGCUAAAGACCAUGGCAGCCCAUGCCCGAUUCAUAAAACCAUAACUAUAUUUUACUGAAAUGAAAACGACAAGUGUCCACUUUAUUUUGCAGUAAAAUCAUUAUUAAUAUAUCAUA